GUUAUAUCUAUGGACCUUUUUCUUUCCUAGGGAAGAUCUAGUUCCGACACCCUGGAGAUGCGAGUAACUACAUAGGUCCGUCUAUCGCCCAAGCCAACAGUUUGAUGCCGAUUUCCAUGCACUGUCCUCUUCUUCCUUCUUCGACACUUCGGGGGAGGAGAUUGAUGGCAUAACCAGCUCAACAGUUGGAAGAAAGGACGUACGUCACUUAUAAGUCUUACGCUUUUAGACCCGACUGUCUGCCUCGACAAGUCAAGACUUACUGUAUAAAGCAAAAAGGCAGUCGCUAGAAACUCAGUUCUAAGUCAAUCCUCCCGAAGCCAAGAGCCGAACAGGACCUUUAUCGACGAGGGAGCAGCAGCAGCAGUAGCAUCAGUAGCAGAAGCAGCAGCAGCAGCAGUAGCGGCAGCAGUAGCACAGUCCCGUCGCACAAGGACGAUGAAGUCCCUUCCAUGGAUCGUCAAGCUGAGUUAUGGCGUCGGCCACGUAUUCAACGACCUUUGUGCCUCCAUGUGGUUCUCUUAUCUCCUCAUCUUCUGUGAGAAGGUCCUUCUGUUCGACCCCAUGAUGGCUGGUCUUGUGCUCCUUGUCGGUCAAGUAGCAGACGGCCUGAGUACCCCUUUUGUGAGGAUAUUUUCCGACAAAGAAAACAGAAUCCCUGUGUGCGCCAGAUACGGUCGCCGGAAAGUCUGGCACUUGGCUGGCACCAUUCUGGUUGCCCUGAGUUUCCCAUUCAUCUUCAACUCCUGCUUGGGAUGCAAAGGCACGAACCAAUGGACCCAAUUUGCAUAUUACGUGUCCUUCGUGUGCGUCUUCCAGUUUGGGUGGGCGUCCGUCCAGAUCUCUCAUCUGGCCCUCAUACCUGAACUCACGACGGAGAAGCGCCAGAGGACUGAGCUGAAUUCCAUUAGGUACGCCUUUACUGUGCUGUCGAACCUGAUCGUCUUCGCAGUGACCCUCCUUGUGCUGAAAACGGGUUCAGACAGCAACAUCGAUGACCCAAGUCAAAGGGUUACCAGGUACGCCAUCUGCACUGCACAGGGCGACGGGGCUGGACUAGUCCCUGUUGAACCUGUCGAGAAACCCUGUUACUUGGAUACUAUUGGACCCGAAGAUGUGGGGAAGUUUCAUAAUGUGGCUCUGAUCUGCAUGGCUGUCGGUCUCAUUCUUCCUCACAAUCUUCCAUAUCGGAGUAAGGGAACAAUCCUUCUCCAGGGCCCAGAUCCAAAUGGACGAGAGGGGAAGGCGGAGGAAGGGAGGAAGGGACAUGAACGAAGAAGAAGAAGAAGAAGAAGAAGAAGAAGAAGAGAAGAAGAAGAAGAAGAGAGAACCGAAGAUACUAUUGUUCUGGUGGAGAAUGUUUCCUGCCGUCGAAUGAGAAUCCUCGAUUGGUUUAAGGAGGCACCCUUCUACCAGAUUGCUGUGCUCUAUCUAGCAACCAGGCUCUAUGUCAAUCUGUACCAGGUGUAUAUUCCACUUUACGUUCAGGAGACGCUAAAACUGGACGAGACUUUCAUCGCCACGGUUCCGUUCGCUAUGUUCCUUGGCGGAUUCCUCAGCUCCGUCAGCAUGAAACACAUUAAUACACAAAUUGGAAGAAAGCGUUCUUUUGCAGCCGGCUGCAUCGUAGGUCUAGGAGGAUGUCUCUGGGUGUGGCUGGGAGAAGGAAACAGCUACGGUCAAUGGGGCAUAUUCGCCGUGGCAGCUCUUUUGGGCAUCGCUGGAUCCACUUUGCUCAUCACAUCACUGGCUUUCACAGCGGAUCUCAUAGGGGAUAUUGUGGAGGGAGCUGCGUUCGUCUACGACUUCAUGAGUCUCACGGACAAGAUCUCCAAUGGCGUCAUCGUCAUGUUGAUUCAAGACUUCAAUCCUGAUGAAGGCUGGUACUACCGCUACGUGAUAUCCUUCGCUUGCGGCUCAGCCUGCCUUCUUGGGGUGGUCGUCACUCUGACGCUGACCAGAUUCAAAAUCGGCAACAGAAGAGUUUACUCGCAAGAUGAAACGCUGCCAGACCUGAGGGACGAUUCUGCUCCUCUCAUCACAGACAGAUUGUCUGGUUCCUCGUCUCCUUCUUCUUCGUAGCAGAAGGAAGACACCAGGACCAAAGUUCCCGAACCAUCGUCGCGCCUCUACGGGGUCGGCCAUUCAAACCCAAAAUCGCCACAGGCCGAUGGAAUGAAGAAUCUUUUGAACUUUGUGCAUGAAGGAUCAGAGCAGUUAAUAGUAAAAGCAUAUCUGUAUUAUGAUUAUCUUACAAAGUCAUUCAAAAAUGAUUCACCGUGAAUAAAACAAAUGGUGUGUGUGUGCGUGCGUGGGUGCGUGUGUGUCUGUAUGCGAGGAAGUACCACAGGAACUUGCAACAGUGGGUUAAAAUACCGGAUCUUUGCUAGAUAGUGUCGCUAAGGGUUUUCAAUGGUCGUUAUCUAGGACUAAUAUUUCUUGCGCGUCAUUCAUUAUCUUUAUGAUAUUUACAGUCUUUUGUUUAUACUUUUUGGGUCAUCCCCAACGGCCUUGUACUAAACAUGCCGCAACAAUGGAUGCAUAAAGGGUUAAAAAUACCAAGAGUUGCUAUUUCUUUGUGGUAGAGCUGCAUAUAAGUGGUUGGACGUCUCUGUCAUUUAGUAGUAACGUUAAAGUGAUGGUAUUUAUUAAAUAAUCCAUUUUCAUCAUAUGUCAAAAGAGCAGGUAAUUUACAAAAUCGUGUUUCAUACAGACUUCCAUUUAUAGGUUUUUGACGGUUGAUUGGGGUCUAAAUGUCAAUUAGAUACAAAUGCUCGUGUUCAUUUCAG